AGUCCGAAAGCUAUGCGAGGUUACUGAGUAACCGAUAUCAUUCUUUUCAAAUAUAAACGUUGAUGAGAUUCUAUGGGGAAGUUUUACUAUUGUAUCAGUUUCAGAAAGAAAGAAAUGAGCAGCACCCAGACCUUGGUUUGUGUUAAACAAGUCAAGCAAGAAGCGGUGGAGGAAUGGGACGAAACGAUGCCAUUGCCUGGAGACAUUGUAGAAGGUAUUGCAGAGGAGCCUAAUGAUGAUCUUUUGUUUGUCAAGGCAAAAGGCAGGUCUGAAUUCAGCUUACAACUUGGGAAAGUUGGGCGUCGUAGAGAGGAGUUAUGGUUAAAGGUCCGGAGGGGUGAGCGUGUCCUUAAGCUUCGUGUUUGUGUUGUCCCUGAACGGAGUUCAAAACUUCAGAAGAAGUUCACAUUCAGAGCAGCUUCAAGUGACAAACAUGUUGCUGUUUUAGCAGAUUUGACAUUUGAUCAAUGUUGUGAACUGCAAGAAAUGAGCAGGAGGGUGGUUAAGGUCACACCUAUUGGAUUUAAUCAGAAGGGUGUGAAGUAUGAUUGGAAAAUGAAGGUGGGAACUUACUUACCCGAUCCGAGAUCAACCGUUGUGAGUUCCAUAAUAUUCAUGGCUCUUGCAACGGAGACUUGUGCGGGAGCUACAACAGUAAGAGCAAUGGCAUGGUUUACUGCAGCAGUAUCUUCAGGAAUUCCACUUGUCUUCAUUAACAUCCAAACAGAACAAAUCAUCAACUCGGACAAGGCUAGUCCAGUGGAAAAGGAGACAAUUUGGGGCCGGCAGCAAAACUAUGCUGCUACGAUUCAGAUAUCACAAGCAAUAAGGCUAUGGUUUUUACCGGGAAUAGAAGAGAAAUUAAUUGAAUUAAAACCAAAACAUGGAGAUCUCAGAUUCGGAAUGGACAUCAAACGAACAGAAGAGGGAUUUAUCUGUGUGAAUAGAGUGACUAGAGGGACAGCUGCUGAUCGCGCUGGCCUGAGGCAAUUACACGAGGAGGCAACCAGAACAGGACACCUGGUGGUGAUAUCUCGACUAGACGGGAAGAGUCUGAUGCCUUCCCAGGCAAGUUCUGCUGGCCUCAUACACUGCUGUGACAAUGCUAAUAUCAAGGAGACACUUAAUUCAGCAUUGGAAGAUUUGGACAGUAUAAAACUGCACAUAAUGUCAUGGCCUAAUAAUGCAAGAACGGAUCAUACUGGACGAGCUGGAGCUGCAAUGCUUAGACCACCAACUUGAUUUUGAUUCACAGCAAAACCAGCAGGGAUCAAAUAAUAGUAUUCUCUGCAAUGACCUAUCUAUUAGGUGAAAUUGUAAAUUAAUGCAUGGGAACGACGCAGUGUGCAUACUAGUUCAAGUUUUGUUUAGGAUGGUGAGUUUGCAUCAGCUUAAUGUUAUGCUUGCUCUAAUUUGGCUGUUACAUAUUUAUACAUUUUGUUUACUUGCCAUCCAAGUGAGAAAAUAAAUGAUAUAAUGCCAAAACGGUUUUGUGCU